AUGAAGCUGCUUAGAUUAUUGGACGACCAGAAAGAAGAAGAGGCAAAACACAGAGAGAAAACCAUGGAAAGAGAGUUGCAGCAAGCAGCCAUGCGAGGCUCUGUACCUGCUCUCCUAGAACUACUCACAGAAGACCCUCAAAUCCUCAACAAAACCAACCCAUCUCUCUCAGACACGCCCUUGCACAUCGCCUCCCUUCUGGGUCACUCUGCUUUUGCCAAAGAAUUACUGAGUCGGAGGCCCGAACUCGCCGCCGAGUUGAAUUCCCACGGCUCUUCGCCGCUUCACCUGGCGGCGGCAAAAGGGUCCGUGGAAAUAGUGAAGCAUUUGGCGCUGGUCAACCCAGAUCUGUGUUUGGUCUGGGAUCGCGAUGGGUUGACUCCCCUGCAUCUGGGUGUGAUCAAGGGCAGAGUUGCGGUGGUGGCUGAGUUGGCCCGAGUCAGACCGGAGGUGAUUCGGGUGUUGACUCACGGAGGCGAGAGUGGGUUCCACUUGUGUGUAAAGCAUCACAGGUUGGAGGUGUUGAAGGUUUUGGUGGAAUGUAUUGGGAGAGACGAUGAGUUUGUGAAUUGGAGAGAUGGUGAUGGCAACACAGUCUUACAUGUGGCUGUGGCCAAGAAACAAUUAGAGGUUAUAACUUAUUUGCUCACUUAUACGAAGAUCGACGUAAGUGCCCAAAAUGCAAAUGGGUUCACUGCAUUGGACGUCUUAUCUCAUAGUUCCAGAGAUUUACGAGACUUGGGAAUCAAAGAGUCCCUCCAAAGAGCUGGAGCUCAAAGAAUGAACAAGAACGCAGCCAUUAUAUAUCAUCUGGAACUGGAUACAUUGCAAUCAUCGAACUCGGUUUCAAUGCAACCACUGAUGUCAAAGAAAAUGAGUAUGAUGGUUAAGAAGCAGCAGCAUAUUGAUUGGUUGGGCAGGAAACGAAGCUCAUUGAUGGUUGUGUCUUCCCUAAUCGCUACAGUGGCAUUUCAGUCUGGCAUAUCACCACCCGGUGGAGUUUGGCAGGACGACUAUUUGACAGACUCCAAUGGCAACCCGGUGGAGCGUCCACACAAGGCUGGGCAGUCAGUGAUGGCCUACACAGAGCCUAUCCAAUAUGGACAGUUCAUGAUCUUCUGCACCAUUGCUUUCCUUUCAUCUCUGAGCAUAAUUCUCCUACUUGUGAGCGGAUUGCCGCUGAAGCGGCGGCGGUGGAUGUGGCUGCAGAUGGUGACCAUGUGGAUCGCAAUCACUGCGCUAACAGGGACGUAUUUCAUUGGACUGAUAUUCAUGACGCCAGGGCAGAACAGAAAUUAUCUGUAUCAUGUGACCCAAGUUUCUGUGAUCAUAUGGAUGGCCCUGAUGGGGACUGUGUUUAUCGGAAAUGUGAUAAGGGCGAUCAUCUGGCUUCUGAGAAAGUAUGGAUAUAUCAAGCCGAAAGAAAUAGAUGCUUCACUCUAUGUAGACUACGAGGACAAUGACGACCUUUGA